AUGAUUGCAGGAAGCAUUGAGAAGAUUGAGAUGUCUGGAGAUGAUAUUCAAUUCACGAUCCGCCGUCAAACACCCCUGUCUCCCGGGAUGCAUGACCCCUUUGCAGCCUAUCGACCAUACUUCCCAGCAAGUAUGUACUCUGACAAGAUGAGCAAUGUUCGAGAUAGUGUCCCAUUAGAUGAUGUAGUAUGUCACUAUGCUAGAUUCAACCACACUCGUGGCCGUUGUGUUGUUCUUAGUCUAGCUACUAGUUAA